AUGACUUCUCUAUCCUCUGACCAUCAGACACCACAGCACGCAUUCCUCAUGUCUCCUAGUCCAGCCGGCGGUCGCCGUGGUAGCACAGACUACCGCCCGAGCAUAAAGAAAGCACAGGGUCAUAUCCCCGCAUGCCUGGUCAAUGCCUCUGUGACAUACUGCAACAAUGAUCAAAUCUACGCCUUUGGCGGGUUCGAUCAGUACACUGACGAAGUCUAUAACCACGUUUUGAGGCUGAACCUAAAUGAUCUUCGCUGGGAACUUGUGGACAACUAUGGGGAUAUACCAGGAGUUCGCAUGGGACACACCGCCACCCUUUAUCAAGGGACCAAACUGAUAGUGUUUGGUGGAGAGAAUGAGCAUCGCGAAUAUCUUUCCGACGUAGUCAUUCUCGAUAUUACUACCUCCACUUGGACCCAGCCGGAAAUCCGCGGACCAAUACCGCGAGGAAGGGCCCGCCACGCUGCCGUCAUCUACGAUGAUAAGCUUUUUGUUCUCGGAGGUGUAACUGGUGAUAAUAAAAUUCUUGAUGAUUUGUCUUACCUGGAUCUCAAAACAUGGACGUGGUCCCGCACCUGGAGGUUUACGGCCCGCUUCGAUCAUACUACCUGGGUUUGGGGCGGUCGCCUGUGGAUUUUCGGAGGCCUCGACCCGGGUAUGGAGCGUACAACAGAUAUCUGGUGGCUUGACCUUAAGGGCAUUCAAUCUCUUGGAAUGACAACAUCGCAAGGUACCGUAGACACCCCCGCAACAAUCGGCAGGAGUGCUCAUAGCCCAGACACAAUGUUCAGUAGUCCAACGCAACAUCCCCCGGGACGAUCCGGUAGUUACGCGGCAAAUUCAGGGAGUGUGCAGAUACGCAAUUCUAAUCGUCGGAAGCCGGUUGCUCCAGGUGCCAUCUCCUGUCUCCAAUUCAAGUCUGGCCCUCAUGUGCCUGCACUGUUCUCCGGUACACACUUCCAAGCUUAUGCGUCCGGUGUUUUGCUCGAUCUGAUCACACCUUCGGAGACCGUGCGUAUCUUUGACUGCAACCUGUCGUCUUUGGAGCUGGACACGCUGCGCUGGCAACGAUUGGCGGAUGGACAGGAAAUUUUCAAACCGGGUUAUAGGUGGCAUUACUGUACAGUCGACGCGAGCGGUACUAAAGCGUGGCUGUUAGGUAGCAAUUCAGGCUCUAGCGCCACACCCGGCACCGCUGAUGAGAACCAUAUGAGUGAAGUUCUUUGUAUUGAUUUGGAAAGGUACGGUUUACUUGGUAAUGAGAUGGCGGCCGCCUCGCCUGCUCAAGGCAAAACGUUACUUUCGGAACGCUCCGGAAUGCUACCAUUAUCCGGCCUCGGUGCGGACCUCUCGUCGGUCUUUGAUCAAUCGCCUGAAUCCGGUAGCGGUGCUGACUUUACGAUCACGGCCAACCCCGAUGAUCAGGUAGAUGCUGAUGACCUUGCAGAGGAUACUUCUUCACAAGCCCAGCCAGCGUUUCUACCUCCUAACGCACCCACUUCUCCACCGAUUCACGUCCAUCGAAUCAUACUACAGCUGAGAUGGCCCCAUUUCAAAAGGUUAUAUUCAGCUCAGAUGGCCGAGUAUCAUUCCAAAAAAAUGCACAUCCCCGAACCUUACUCGGUCGUUCGUGCAUUUCUCUACUACUUAUAUACCGAUAGCAUCUCGGGCCACCCGGAAUAUUGCUCUGACAUUGUCGAUGUGGCGGGCAUGCUUGUUAUGGCAAAUCUAUAUGACAUGCCCAAAUUACGUGUAUUGUGCGUUAACCGGUUAAGCCGUGAACUGGAUGUCGAGAAUGCAGCUAUCAUCUGGGAGCGAGCCGGCCGGACGAAUGAAGAAUGGUUGAUGCGCCGUGCGGCCCAGUUCUGUCUCAGCCACUGGGGUCGGGUAGUGCGUACUGAUGGCUUCAAAUCUUUGAGCAGACAGAGUUUGAUUGAAUUAUGUGAAGUGAUUGAUAUGGAAGGCCGCGUUGUUGCUGGACCUGAGUUAGAGAUGGUUGGAGCGUUUUCCGCUGAGAACCUUGGUUCUGGCCGAGAUUCUAAACGGUCACAACUGGCUCUUGGUGGCACCAUGGCUGACGACGUUGAUGAUCUUGAUGGCGACGAAAUGGAAGGGAUGGAGAUGUCGUGA